UUAGCAAUUAGACUCGUAAAAUGGGAUCACAACACCAACAAUCCCCCCACCUGCACGCGCCUGCGCACAACGAACAAGGGAGCUGUCCGUAUCACAUAGUGCUGGUCUGUUCUGUUUUCAUUGAUCACUGCUCUUUUGCGUUCUUUUUGAGGAUCGUUUUAUAGAAGACACGAUGGAUGAAGAAUUAAAAUGCCCCGUUUGCGGCUCUCUUUUCAAGGAUCCUAUUCUUUUACCUUGCUCGCACAAUGUAUGUUUUAUCUGCGCUCGAAAUAUCAUUGUACAGACCCCAGAAGGGGAAACACCUCCGCAUAACCGUGUCUCUGGCAACUCGGACUACGAUUAUCUGGAUAUGGACAAAAUGAGCAUGUAUAGUGAAACGGACAGCGGCUAUGGAUCAUACACGCCGUGCCUUAAGUCUCCAAAUGGGGUAAGGGUGUUUCCUCCGACUCUGGUGCACCGCCACUGCUCAAUAACUUGUCCUCUUUGUCACCGUAGUGUCUCUCUUGAUGAGCGGGGGCUGAGGGGCUUCCCACGUAACCGGCUAUUGGAGGCGAUCGUCUCUCGUUAUCAGCAGAGCCGCUCUGUCAACGUGAAAUGUCAGCUAUGUGACCGCAACCCUGUCGAUGCCACUGUGAUGUGCGAGCAGUGCGACGUGUUUUACUGCACGCCUUGCCAGCAGCGAUGUCACCCUUCCCGUGGACCGCUGGCCAAACAUCGAUUAGUGCCACCGACCCAAUCGCCCACGGCCGGAGGUCAGCAGAUGCCCGCCGCAACCGUACGCAUACAGGGAACAUGUGCUGACCACGACACGGAGAACUUUAGUAUGUACUGCAUCAACUGCAAGACUCCUGUGUGUAUGAAGUGUCUGGAAGGUGGCAAACACGGGAGUCACGACGUAAAACCUUUAGCGACCAUGUGGAAACAGCACAAGUGUCAACUGUCCCAAGCUUUAAACGGUGUAUCAGAUAAAGCUAAGGAUGCCAAGGAAUUUCUAGUGCAGUUGAAGAACAUGCUUCAGCAGAUACAGGAGAAUGGGGUGGAGUUCGAGGCUUGCCUGGUGGCUCAGUGUGAUGCCCUGAUUGAAGCUUUGACCAGGCAGAAAGCCAAGCUCCUCACCAAGGUCACCAAGGAGCGAGAGUAUAAGCUGAAGGUGGUACGUGACCAGAUUACCCACUGCACUAUGAAGCUGCGUCAGACCACCGGUAUGAUGGAGUACUGUCUGGAAGUGAUCAAAGAGAACGACCCCAGCGGCUUCCUGCAGAUAUCGGAUGCGUUGAUCAAACGUGUGACGUCGUCUCAGGACCAAUGGGUCAAAGGUGCUCUGGAGCCCAAGGUGGGCCCGGAGUUUGACCUGACUCUGAACACUGACCCCCUGCUGCAAACCAUACUACAGCUGGACUUCAUUCAGAGCAAAGAUAUUCAGGAGACUCCAUUAUUGAAACAAAUGCAUGCAGGUGGACUGAAAGAGACGGAGAGCUCAGGAGCGGAGUCUGCCAUGGUCCCCCCGGCCCCUCUGCUCCAGCUGGAGAAAUGCUGCACCCGCAAUAACAGUGCUACCCUGGCCUGGAGGGUCACCGGGCCUCCAGGCAGCCCCAUCGAAGGCUACAUCCUGGAGCUGGAUGACGGCAAUGGGGGGCAAUAUAGGGAGGUGUACGUGGGGAAGGAGACGGUGUGCACCGUGGACGGCCUCCACUUCAACAGCUCCUACAACGCCAGAGUCAAGGCCUAUAACUCCACUGGGCUGGGGCCCUACAGCAAGACUGUGGUGCUGAAGACUUCGGACGUGGCCUGGUUCACCUUCGACCCCACCUCGGCUCACAGGGAUAUUGUGCUGACCAACGAGAAUCAAACGGUGAGCUGCAACAGCUAUGAUGACCGCGUGGUCUUGGGGACAGCCGCCUUCUCCAAGGGGGUCCAUUACUGGGAGCUCAUGGUGGAUCGCUACGACAACCACCCGGACCCGGCGUUCGGGGUGGCGAGGAUCAACACGAUGAAGGACAUGAUGUUGGGGAAGGAUGACAAGGCCUGGGCUAUGUAUGUGGACAACAACCGCAGCUGGUUCAUGCACAACAACUCCCACACAAACAGGGCCGAGGGGGGCAUCUCUAAGGGGGCCACAGUAGGCAUCCUGCUGGACCUGAACAAGCACGCUCUGACGUUCUUCAUCAACAAAGAGCAGCACGGCCCUGUGGCCUUCGAAAACAUGGAGGGAGUCUUCAUGCCUGCUGUCAGCAUCAACAGGAAUGUCCAGGUCACCUUACUAACAGGUAUGGAGGUGCCAAAGAAUAUAAAACAGCAGUAACCUCCCAAGGUGUCUUAUCACGGUCCAACUAAUGUCAUCAUGGAGACCUCCUGCUCCAUCCCUGGCCAUUCUUACUACUGCUAUAUGUCUUAUGCUGUUCAAUGCCUAUGAUCAAAUAUCAUCCUUAGAGGGAAUCAUAUACAUUAGGGCUGUCAAUAUUGACACGUUAACACGUGAUUCAUUAAAAAUGACAUACUUUUGUUGCUGUUAACUCCAUUUUUCUUUUUUUGACAGAACUAUAGUUAGUGCUUGACUUGAGCGGGAGCUGUCACUUAUUCAUUUGCAACAGUAUACGGGUAACUUUCUUUAGUAAUUGACUUGUGCCGUAGUGGUCGAGAGCGCUUCACAUUAGCUUCACAUCAAUAUUACAAUUUAGAGUUGCCGACGCGUUCAUGACGUAAAUCGUGUUUACUUGCCACUUUUCUGCGAAUCCUGCCUUUAAAUGGAGCGCUUAUGGUUUCAACAAUGGCAUGCCGUUUACGUGUGAAUGGCAUUUAACAGCACAUUAGUACUGGCUACCUUGCCUACCUUAUGCCUAUGUAAGUUAUCUACCUUUGGAAACCAAACACCUAUCAAAAAAGAUACUUGUUUCCAGGCCCUGACCUGAACCCCAUUCUAACCCCAUUUUAACCUAAUAAUCAAAGUACAAUACCUUGAAAAACCUAGGUGUGAUUCAGUGUUGGAUAAAAUGGCAGCAGCUUUCCAGAGAGAGGGGCUGAUUGGUGUUUUAAACAGAAUCAUAACACAGUUGUUUUAGUACUUGGUGCCUUGAUCAAGAGUACAAUGGUAGAAGAUGGUAGAACUAUUGGAUCAUAGACCAGCAACUUUCUAUUUAGAUUUACACCAGUAGAUUCUGCCAGUCAUUGUGUUAAUUUGAGGGAGACAUUUAAGGGCCAUGGCAUACACAUUUAAUAAAAAAAUCAAGCAAUGUCCACAUUUCACAAUAAAACAUGCAUUUAACAAUGUACUGCUUUAAAAAAAAAUAAUGUAAAUGUUAUUUAGGACCAAAUUGAAACACAUUCUAAAAUUAAUCGCAUUGAUUAAUUAAUUAUUUUAAUCGUUUGACAGCACUAUGUAUGACAGACUUUUAUAUAUACAAAUUAUUCUGUUGGAUUUAUAAUUUCCCAAGUCUUAACUGCAUCUCAGUUCAUACAAACAAAUGCUGGGUUAACAGUCAAAGUGCCACAGGGUGCUUUCAGAAAGACACUGGAUGCCCUACGGUACAAUUUCUCUACUUUUCUCCGCUCAGGUUUGUUUAUAGAGUUUAUGCUCCUAUUUCCUUAUAGGAAACUCAAGGCCAGUCUAUCUCACUCAAAAGUUGAGAACAAUAUUGUUUUGACAAAUGUUUUAAAGCCUGACAUGUACAUUUAUUUGGAACACAUUUAUUUGAAAAUACAUUACUUGGCCAGUUUCUUUUCUAUUUUACAACUAUUUUUCUAUUUUCACCUUUACUUCUCAAUAUAGAUGAAUUAUGGGGAUUUCAAUCCAUGUAUUUUUAAUUUCAUGAAAUUGGCUGAAAUUAUAAUGGAAUUCACCCCAGCCUUGCUUUUAUUAUGUGAGUAUAUGGUCAGAUCUGUAAAAAGGACAAAUCAGAAGACAAACUGUACUCAUAUAACAUUUCUGUCACUAGAGGACAAAUCUUGGUUGAAAGUUAAACCAAACCACUGUGACAUUGGGAUAUAACAUUGCCAUGUAUAUUUUGUUAAACUAUUUAAAAACAGUAGAUAGUAGUUUUUUCAGAAAUAUUUAUGGAUUAGGCUUGAUUACACUAUACAAAUAUUUAUUAAGAGGGGGUAUACUCAUGUGAUAUUUAAUGAACUGGUAUUGUUAAAAGUUAUUGUAAAGCAGUUUUAUUGUAUUGACAGACCACCAGAGGGUCAAGUUUGCAUGAUUUGUAAGGAAAAUGUAAAUGUGCCCAUGUAUUCUAAGCAAACGAAUUGACUUAGAAUUGUAUAGUAAAACAAUGCCCAAAUAGUAGUACUAUUUGGAAGACUUUACAUUUCCUAUGGCAGUAGCAGCUGCCCUCUAGCGCAUUAAUUUAACAUCACAGCAAAACAUUCAUUUCCCCAAAUACUAUUUUUUCACAUUUAUAUGACAAGUUAAUAUCGCCUACAGUUCAAGCAUAUUAAUAUGCCAUGUCAGAUGACAAAAAAUAAAAUAAGAGGGUUAGGCUUUGUGAUUUAUCACAUGGAGUCCUAAUAGAAUAGUACGCUCUGGGCAGGAUUCCAUUUGGAUAGAUUUGUAUCAUAUUCUGUAAUUACACUUUUGUGAACAUUUCAAUCUCUUCUUGCUAUUAAAAGUGUCGCUUCAUAGUAAUGUGCCCUUAAUCUAAAGCAUUAAUAUAGGUUUUUGGAUUAAGAAUACCAAAGUUAUUGUAAUUUGAAGAAACAUUCUGCUCAGUCUAUGUUGAAGCACUGUGUUACAGUAAUGGUGAAUUGAUUUGUACAGCUCUAGUAUCUUCUCUUUGUAAACCCUCCCAUCCACAAAUAUAUUAAUGCAUUUUUUAAUGGUCUGGGUUUCUUUAGCUGUGUUGGUGUUCUCCAGUGAUUGCUCUGUACAUUAAACAUGUUUAUAUAUUGCAGACUGAUGGAACUACAGCAUCUUCAAAGCUAAAAUGGUCAACUUAAUGGAUGGACAGUUGAAAACCUAGAACUAGAUAGGCUGGACUGAUGUUAGCUAAAGCCAUUUUGUAAAGCCAGUGCAUACAGUUGCAGCAUGUAUAGUUAUGCAGUGUCUCCGAGUGAAUGUGGUCAAGUACGAUUCACCCGUUACAAAUACAUUUUUAUAAAGCUCAGGAUGGGGUAGUCGGCCGAUACGGUAUAGUCAAGUGCACGGUUUCACAAACACCUAAGGGAAAAGCUGAUUGCCGAGGCCUACGAACAAAAUCGGGUCCAUGAACAUUAGUGUCAGCAAUCACGAUGUCAAUGGCGCUAACAAACCCUGCAGGCACAGACCAUAAUAUUUGUAGUAAAUUUACAUAGUCGCUUAACUUAUCUAAAUGUCAUAUUAGUGUUGUUUGGCAUGCAUUUAUAUUCCCCAACAUAGUAGCCUGCUUUUGAAUGUGAACAUCCCAAAAAAUUAAGUUAUUCAAAAGGUGCUGGAAACUGUCACUACGGUCAGAUUACAACUGCAUUUGAAUCUUUGACUCUGCCUUGAGACUGACAGUAGAGACAUACAUUUCAUACAAUCUAUUUAUUUAUAAAUGUAUAAUACAUUACACUAAUGAUUACAG